GGGCGCGCCUGUAAGAUUUCUUGGCCGCGCACAAAAUGGCGCCUGAGGCGGGUACGCGCACGCACUGUUUGUCACUGACGUCACGUUCUCGCCCAGCAACGCGAUCCGGAGCCCGAAUGGCGGCGCAGAGAGGGGAGUUCAAACCGAGCGGAGGCUUCCCCAGCCCUUGAGUCCCUGGGAGGCCGCCAUGAAGCGCAUGAAAUCGGUCAGGAGCCCCGCCGGGCCCGGGAAUGAGGCGGAAGAGGCUCGGCCGCUGGAGCUGCUGGCAGAGGAAGAAGAUUCCUCUGCCAAAGCGCUGGUCAGUUUGAAAGAGGGGGGUUUAUCAAACACUUGGAAUGAGAAGUACAGUUCCCCGCAGAAAACUCCCAACUGGAAGGGCGGCAUAAUCUCCGCUAAUGAGACGCCCUACAAGCUAUCAAAGCGUAGCCGCCUUCUCUCUGAUGAGGAUGAACGCCAGCUAACUACCCGCUCACCCAAACGGAACCCAAAGACUACUGUGGUGCCUCAGAAGUUCAACGUUACAUCGACUACCCCAGUGAAGAAAGCAUCUCAGAAAAUCGGCUACAGGUUACGGAACUUGCUGAAACUCCCUAAAGCGCACAAGUGGUGUAUAUACGAGUGGUUUUAUUCAAAUAUAGACAAGCCAUUAUUUGAAGGCGAUAAUGACUUUUGUGUUUGCCUAAAAGAAUCUUUUCCAAACCUUAAGACAAGAAAACUAACAAGAGUGGAAUGGGGGAAAAUAAGACGGCUAAUGGGGAAGCCACGAAGAUGUUCUGCUGCGUUUUUUGAAGAGGAAAGAUCUGCUCUGGAGCAGAAGCGGCAGAAAAUAAGGCUCUUGCAGCAGAGGAAGGUAGCGGAUGUGUCGCAAUUUAAAGAUCUUCCAGAUGAAAUACCCUUAUCAUUGGUGAUUGGAACCAAGGUUACAGCUCGGUUGCGAGGUGUUCAUGAUGGAUUAUUCACUGGCCAAAUAGACGCUGUAGACACACAGAAUUCCACAUACAGGGUCACCUUUGAUAGGACUGGACUUGGAACUCAUACGAUACCAGACUAUGAAGUUCUGAGCAACGAACCCCAUGAAACAAUGCCAAUCGCUGCCUUUGGACAAAAACAGAGGCCCCCCAGAAUGUUCAUGACUCCCCCUCGAUCGAGUUACACAGCCAUCCAGUCUCCUGUAAUGGAGAGUGAUACGUUACUGGGACAGUCCCCUUGGAAAGCAAAGAUCUCCAGCUCAGACACAGAGACUAUAGGAGGCUUCCCGGUUGAAUUCCUUGUCCAGGUGACCAGGCUGUCCAAGAUCCUCAUGAUCAAGAAGGAGCACAUCAAGCUGUUACGUGACAUGAACACAGAAGCAGAGAAACUGAAAUCCUACUCUUCUCCCAUUAGCAUUGAAUUUCAGAGGAGAUACGCAACCAUUGUUCUGGAUUUGGAGCAACUUAAUAAGGACCUUAACAAAGUCCUACACAAGGUCCAGCAGUACUGCUACGAGUUGGCUCCGGAUCAGGGGCUUCAGCCGGCAGAUCAGCCAACGAGUAUGAGGCGGCGGUGUGAGGAGGAUGCCCGGCAAAUGGUGCGGAGAGCCAAUACUUCAUCCACAGGGCAGCCGUGUGUACAGAACGAGAGUCUAACGGAGCUCAUCUCCAGGCUCACUGCUAUCCUGCUGCAGAUAAAAUGCCUCGCAGAAGGAGGGGAUCUCAACUCCUUUGAGUUCAAAUCGUUAACAGAUUCAAUAAACGACAUAAAGAGCACGAUCAGUCCUUCCAAUAUCAGCUGUUUUCAGAACAACGUCGAGAUCCAUGUCGCUCACAUUCAGAGUGGCCUGAGCCAGAUGGGAAACCUCCAUGCGUUUGCUGCCAAUAACACCAACAGAGACUGAGCAUGGAACAGGGGCGCCUUGCUGCGGCUAAUGACUCUGCUUUGCUUUUUGGACAAGAAGAACCCCUCGUAUCUCAUUAACGAGCCAGCAUUACUUACCCCCAAGCCAGUUUUUAAAUAUUUAAAAUGAAUAAAUUCCCUUUGGGAACAGUGAAAUGUAUCCUGCAAUCCGAUUGGUACCUAGCAGAAACGGAACGAGUGAUGCCAACGAGUAUGGCGAGCAUUCGAGGUUGGAAUUCUCUGCUCUCUCCCAGUGGUGCUCUGCCUCACAGUGAUAGGAUAAGAUUCACCACAUUCGCUUCGCUUGCUCAACGGAAGCCAAAAUCCCUGCUGACAAGUCACCUAUACUCGAUACUGGUGUAGUUGAAACCCGUGCGGCAGCACCAGUAUUGCCAUCACCGCUCAGCCAGAGACGCCUGUCUGCAAACACGGAACUUCUUUCAACGUCAUUCUGCCUAGAGAUUUCACUGCUCACGUUUUAUGAACUUCAUUCAUUGUCGUUUAUUUGCUUAACUUUUAAACAAAAAGACCCGUUUGGUUCUUUUUUUUUUUUUUUUUGGCGACCGCUAAUUGCACAGUGCUGCAUACGCGUGUAUCCUAGCAACGUUCAUCUUGUACAGAUUGUGUAUUGGGUUGUUUAAUAUAGGAGAUAUAAUAAUUAUAAUUGUCGUUCUAGGCGCUAGACGUAGAGAGGCGUUUCUGAAUUUUCAGAGUAUUUUUUAUGUUCAUGUACAAAGGAAAUCUUUUCAAACUGAAUACAUUGUAUAGUUUGAAAGCGAAA